CUGGCGGGGCUGGCGGGGCGGGCGCCGCCCGAGGGGGUAGGGCGCGCGCGGGGGCGCGCCGGGCCGGGGAGGCGCGCUCCGGCCGCGCUCGCUCCGCGCUCCCCGCGCUCCCUCCGCUCGUCGCUCGCUCGCUCCCUCCUCCCUCGGCAGCCGCGGCGGCAGGCAGGAGAAGGCGGCGGCGGCGGCUGGGGAUCAGACAUGGCGGCGGAUCUGAACCUGGAGUGGAUCUGCUCCCUACCCCGCUCCUGGACUUACGGGAUCACCAGGGGCGGCCGAGUCUUCUUCAUCAACGAGGAGGCGAAGAGCACCACCUGGCUGCACCCCGUCACCGGCGAGGCCGUGGUUACCGGGCACCGGCGGCAGAGCGCAGAUUUGCCUACUGGCUGGGAAGAAGCAUAUACUUUUGAAGGUGCAAGAUACUAUAUAAACCACAAUGAAAGGAAAGUGACUUGUAAACAUCCAGUCACAGGACAGCCGUCACAGGACAAUUGUAUUUUUGUAGUGAAUGAACAGACCGUUGCAACCAUGACACCUGAAGAGAAGAAGGAACGACCUAUAAGCAUGAUAAACGAAGCUUCUAACUACAACAUGACUUCAGAUUAUGCGGCGCAUCCAAUGAGUCCUAUAGGCAGAACUUCACGAGCUUCAAAAAAAGUUCACAAUUUUGGAAAGAGAUCGAAUUCAAUUAAGAGGAACCCUAAUGCACCUGUGGUCAGACGAGGUUGGCUUUAUAAACAGGACAGUACUGGCAUGAAGCUGUGGAAAAAACGCUGGUUCGUGCUUUCUGACCUCUGCCUCUUUUAUUAUAGAGAUGAGAAAGAAGAGGGUAUCCUGGGAAGCAUACUCUUACCUAGUUUUCAAAUAGCUAUGCUUACCUCUGAGGACCACAUUAAUCGCAAAUACGCUUUUAAGGCAGCCCAUCCAAACAUGCGGACCUAUUAUUUCUGCACUGAUACAGGAAAGGAAAUGGAGUUGUGGAUGAAAGCCAUGUUAGACGCUGCCCUAGUACAGACAGAACCUGUGAAAAGAGUGGACAAGAUUACAUCUGAAAAUGCACCAACUAAAGAAAUCAAUAACUUCCCCAACCAUAGAGUGCUAAUUAAACCAGAGGUCCAAAAUAACCAGAAAAACAAGGAAAUAAGCAAAAGUGAAGAAAAAAAGGCAUUAGAAGCUGAAAAAUACGGAUUUCAGAAGGAUGGUCAAGAUAGACCUUUAACAAAAAUUAAUAGCGUAAAGUUGAAUUCGCUGCCAUCUGAAUAUGAGAGCGGGUCAACAUGCCCAGCUCAGACUGGACACUAUAGGCCAGUCAAUGUGAAUAGUUCGGAGAACAAAAUAGUCAAUGUCAGCCUGGCAGAUCUUAGAGGUGGAAAUCACCCAAGUACAGGGCCUUUACACACAGAGGCUGAUCGAGUCAUCCAGAGAACAAACUCGAUGCAACAGUUGGAACAAUGGAUUAAAAUCCAGAAGGGGAGGGGUCAUGAAGAAGAAACCAGGGGAGUAAUUUCUUAUCAGACAUUACCAAGAAAUAUGCCAAGCCACAGAGCCCAGGUUAUGGCUCGCUAUCCCGAGGGUUAUAGAACACUCCCAAGGAACAGCAAGACCAGGCCGGAAAGUAUCUGCAGUGUAACCCCUUCCACUCACGACCAAGCAGUAGGACCUGGAGCAGAAGAGAAACGGAGAUCAAUGAGAGAUGACACGAUGUGGCAGCUUUACGAAUGGCAGCAGCGUCAGUUCUAUAAUAAGCAGAGCACCCUCCCUCGUCAUGGUCCUUUGACCAGUCCCAAAACCAUGGUUAAUAUUUCUGAUCAGACCAUGCACUCUAUUCCCACAUCACCUUCCCAUGGGUCAAUAGCUGCUUAUCAGGGAUACUCCCCUCAACGAACGUACAGAUCAGAAGUCUCUUCCCCUAUUCAGAGAGGAGAUGUGACAAUAGAUCGCAGGCACAGGGCCCACCACCCUAAGCAUGUCUAUGUGCCUGACAGGAGGUCAAUGCCAGCUGGCCUGACUUUACAGUCUAUUAGUCCCCAGAGCCUCCAAGGCAAAACGCCAGAGGAGCUUACGCUGUUGCUAAUAAAGCUGAGACGGCAGCAGGCCGAACUGAAUAGUGUCCGGGAACACACGUUAGCACAGCUCAUGCAGCUGAAACUUGAGGCCCACAGCCCGAAGAAUGAAAUUCUUUCACAUCAUCUUCAAAGGAACACCAUAUAUUUGGAUCAUCAGAUGAAAGAAAAUGAACCUAUUAUCACCAUGGUUCACACAAUGAUUGAGAACUCGGCGCUAAGACCCCAACUGUACCAGCAAUUCUUAAGACAGAAGAGCAAGAUAAGUUUAUAUUGUCUGUCACAAGAUGAAUGUAGAGGCACGUUAUAUAAAUACAGACCUGAAGAAGUAGAUAUCGAUGCCAAGUUAAGCCGGUUGUGUGAACAAGAUAAAGUGGUACAUGCCCUGGAAGAGAAACUUCAGCAACUCCACAAGGAGAAAUACACGCUUGAGCAAGCUUUGCUAUCAGCCAGCCAAGAGAUAGAAAUGAAUGCAGAUAACCCAGCAGCCAUUCAGACUGUGGUGCUGCAGAGGGAUGACCUACAAAACGGACUGCUCAGUACAUGCAGAGAACUCUCCCGAGCCACUGCUGAACUGGAGCGAGCAUGGAGAGAAUAUGACAAGUUAGAAUACGAUGUAACUGUUACCAGGAACCAGAUGCAAGAACAACUAGAUCGUCUUGGUGAAGUUCAGACUGAAUCAGCAGGAAUUCAGCGUGCACAGAUUCAGAAAGAACUUUGGAGAAUUCAGGAUGUCAUGGAAGGACUGAGUAAACACAAACAGCAAAGAGGCACCACAGAAACAGGUAUGGCAGGGUCAAAGCCUUUCUCAACAGUUAAGUACAAAAAUGAGGAAGAGGAAGUAGUCCCACCUCGUCCUCCACUUCCUCGGUCCUAUGACUUUACAGAGCAGCCUCCCAUAAUCCCCCCUCUGCCCAGUGAUAGCAGCUCCUUGCUCUGUUAUAGCAGGGGCCCAGUCCAUCUGCCUGAAGAAAAGAAGAUUCAUCAAGUUCAAGGAUAUCCAAGAAAUGGAUCUCACUGUGGUCCAGAUUAUAGACUCUACAAGAGUGAACCUGAGUUAACAACAGUGGCAGAAGUUGAUGAAUCUAAUGGAGAAGAAAAAUCAGAACCUGUUUCAGAAAUAGAAACUUCCGUAAAAGGUUCCCACUUUCCUGUUGGAGUAGUUCCUCCCAGAACAAAAUCACCAACACCUGAAUCUUCGACAAUAGCCUCCUAUGUAACCUUAAGGAAAACUAAGAAGAUGAUGGAUUCAAGAACGGAACCGGCCGAGAAGUGCAGUGGAACAACUCUGUUUGGCAGAAAAUACCCGACCUAGGAUGACUGUGGAAGAGCAAAUGGAAAGAAUAAGGAGACAUCAGCAAGCAUGCUUGAGGGAAAAGAAAAAAGGAUUAAAUGUAUUGGUGCUUUAGACCAGUCACCCUUACAGAGUCCUUCAGGUUUAAGGGAUAAUCCAUUCAGGAUUACCCAGACUCGAAGAAGGAUGAUAACGUUAAGGAAAUGGAUACAGUCCAUUAGAGAAAAUGAUGUGAACCCAAACCAUGAAACUCCUGCAGCAGAAAUUGUUCGACUAAAAGAAGCUGAACCUCAAGAUACGGAUUUCAACA